CCCGCUACACGUUGCGCGGCAGCCGGUUUCCUAGUCACCGCGCCAACCGUACAUUGCAACCGUGCAGAUUGAAACAUAAUUACUCAGCUAGAGUAUUUACAUAAACGUUUAACGUGACAUUUAAAUAUUGAUUAUUAUUAAGUAAAAUCUAUACAUCGUCUACAGGACUGCAGAAGCUAAUCCCUUGCUUCCACGGAUAUUUUGGUGAGACGAGAUCGAGACACGUAUAAAUGCGCACUGCCUCGCUUCUGUAGCGACUGUCCGCCGAAACCGCGCUCCACUCAACCACGCGUACGCGCACUCAAAGAAAAUAACACAAACAACCUUUUCCAGUUAACAGAAAAUCUUCAAAAAAUCAACCAUGAAUAACCCCGCUUUAUUCGAGCAAACUAACUUCAUCUCGAAGAGGGAUGCACUCAACUUUUUAGACGACAUCUCCCCUAAACUAAAGUGGAAGAAGAGUAUCAGCAACGUUCUGGACAUUGGAUGUGGAGAUGGAAGUGUCACCAGCAUGCUGAAGAAGUACAUCCCUACUGACUUCAAGCUGCUCGGCUGUGACAUCAGUGAGAACAUGGUGAACUUCGCCAAUGACCACCAUUGCAAUGAACAGACCUCGUUCACAGUGCUGGACAUCGCAGGAGAUAUUCCCGAAGGCAUGAAGGGAAAAUUCGAUCAUGUUUUCUCCUCCUACGCCUUGCACUGGGUCUUGGAUCAAGAGCGCAUAUUCAGAAAUAUUUACGAUUUACUGAGUAAAGAUGGAGAAUGCUUCACGAUAUUCCUCGCAAACGCACCCCUGUACGACAUGUACCGCGCUCAAUCGCGUAACAACAAAUGGAGCACUCUGCUUAAAGACGCCGAGAAAUACAUAUCGCCAUACCACGACUCACAGGACCCAGAGCAAGAAAUAAGGAAAAUAUUGGAAAAAGUGGGAUACGUGGACUACAAGGUGGAAUGCAAAAAUUUGUCGUAUAUUUUCAACAACUUCGAAGGUUUUUGGAAAAUGCUUCAUGCAGUCAACCCAUUCAACAUCCCGAAGGAUAUGAUAGACGAUUUCAAGCAAGAUUACUUCAAUAUUUCAAAAGAUAUUAAUAUUGUGCCCAAGUAUAAUACCGAGGAGGAAAGUAUUAACUUUAAUUAUCGGUCGCUAGUCGUACACGCUCGCAAGCCGGCCUCAGAAUUUUAG